AUGUCAACUCGACCAUCAAAGACACAUUACGCCAGCUCCUCCUCAACAGACACAGACAGUAGCUCACCUUCAUCGUCGGAUACCGACCUGUCCAUCCGAUACAGUAUGGACGUUCAACCAGUCGCUUCGGUAGAGGUGUUGCGCUGCCUGCGCUGCCAUCGCCAUGUCGAGGCCACAUCAACCGACGACCCAGCCUCGACGGGAAUGAUCCGAGUAGGGUUUAACCUCUACUACUGCCAGAAGUGCGCGACGGCAAACAAUAGCAACAACGCCGAAGCCUGA